AUGGCUGCAGAUGAAGCCCUCGAGGACAAGGAUGCGCUCGACGCUCUUGAAUUGGAAGCCAAGGAAUUCGACAAGGAUGCCGAAAUUGAUCGAAUUUUGAGAGCGUUCCGACUAGACGCCUACGCCGUCUUAGAUCUCCAACCCGGUGUUCCAGAGUCCGACAUCAAAGUUACCUACCGCAAGAAAUCGCUUCUCAUUCACCCGGAUAAAACAAAGAACCCGCAAGCCCCAGACGCCUUUGACCGUCUCAAAAAGGCCCAGACGGAGCUCAUGGACGAGAAGCAUCGCGGGAGGCUGGACGAGGCGAUUGCGGACGCGCGGAUGCUCCUGAUUCGAGAAAACAAAUGGACCGUGGACAGCCCCGAACUCAAGACGGACGAUUUUACCAAGAAGUGGCGCGAGAAGACAAAAGAGGUUCUCAUCGACAACGAGCACCGCCGCAGACGUCAGAUGAAGGCCCAGAUGCAGGAAGAAGGUAGGGAGCAGCGGAAGCAGGAAGCCGAGCUCGACGAGAGGAAGCGCAAGAGACAGCAUGAGCAGGACUGGGAAGCAACGCGCGAUGAGCGCAUCAGCAGUUGGAGGACUUUUCAGAAGGGCAAGUCCGCCGACUCGGACAAGAAGAAGAAGAAGAAACUUAAACCCAUAGGGUGA